AUUGAGCGUCUGGCAGAUAAAAGAAGGAAGCGACGGUUGUGCCAUGAUGAUGAAGAGCACAGGAGAAAGUGAACCUUUCCGCCUUACUUCCCACGGAGCGAGUGGUCCAAACAUGAAGAGAUGGCCGUUCGCUGUUGGAUGUCGCAUGAUGAUGAUGACGAUCACGAUGUUGACCAUGAUUGUGAGCAGCAGUCAGGAGGAUGCGGUGCUCAAGGAUGACCAGGUGGUACAGGAUUGGCCGCCCUUGGGCAACUCUCCACUUCCGCCACCUUCGCCAUCUUCACCACCUUCGCCACUUUCGCCACUUUCGCCUCGGACCUCCUGGCUCAUGUUCAUCAACAACUCCAACAUGCGCAAAAGCCCCCGAAACAUGGAUAAGAGACCUCCAAGAGCUCGUGGCCCUCCGGCUCCCCGACUGCAUUCACAACAGGUCAUCGACGACUUGCACGGCACGCUCAACGGCGUGUCUUCCAAAGUGUUUUGCAUGUUGUGCAAGUGCCCCCCUCGAAUCUCCGCCUCCUUCUUUGGCCGCCUCCCCCAAGUGGUGCGAGUGGCUCGUCGCAGCCUGAUGGAGCUUCGCCCUUUCAGUCAGGCCACGCCCUCCGUAUGUGCUAUUCAACGAGGUCGCAGUGUCAACAAUACCCACGGUCGCUACACUGCCACGAUAACUGGAUUUUACCUGCUGAGUGCCCGCCUCCGCCUGAAGUCAAGUGAGCGCGCUCAGGUGCGACUGCACGAGAGCGUGAAGGCGGCCAUCUGCGUCGAGUCACUCUGUCACACUAAACUCUCCAUUGAGUCAGUGGUGGGCGUGGCCAGUGUGAGCGGCGACUUCAGCAUCACUCUGACCGGAACACUCUUCUUACAGGCUGGCGAGUACGUGUCCGUCUACGUGGACAACGCCACCGGCGCCAACAUCAACGUCUUGCCUGAAUCGUUCUUCUCCGCAAUCCUGCUGGGAAGUUGAACCCGCAUCACUUCCUGUCUCGCGGCGUCGUCAGUCCUGCUGGAUAUGGUCUAACUUUGAUGAAGUAGUUGAGCGGGCCUUUGUGGAUGUUCUUCGUGUCUUUGCACGACAAGCAACUGCAGGCCGUGUGGGUUGUCCGACGUCCGCCCCCGCCCCAAUUCGCAUGGGUCGGCUUCCACGUGCCGCAAAAUGACUUGCUUUUAUAUCUUCACGAUGCUCACCAGCAGCUCAUUUUGUCCUAAAGAUAACAGACAAACUUUCCCGUCUGGAAAACAUAUUUAAUAAAAAAAUAACACACACAAAA